AUGGCAAGCCAAACUACAACGGCGCCGUUUGCGUCAUUUGAGCUACAACCAAGCUCUACUCAAGGGACGAUAUCUAACACUGCAGCCGCCAGUACUUCUACAGGAGUUGAUUCGAGUGCAUCAGACACUUUGUCCUUUAUCGGAAGUGCCCCAUCAACGGUAUUGUUCUUUGUAGCUUUAGCCGUUGGUGUUUUCAUUGCAUUGGUGUUUGUGUUUUUCACAAUCAGGUAUUUCAUUCGAUCCAAAUAUGGUAUUGCCGCUUCCCCAUUUGGCAGAAGAGGUCCAUAUGUCCCUUCCACAUUUGGGAAUGCUAGUGGUGGCGCCAAUAGUCAUGCUUUCAUACACGAGUUCACUCGCGAGGAGAUCCAAGAACAGUUGAGGUUUAUGCGGGAUCAUAAUCAAACAAGAGCCAAUAUAAUCGAGGAAACAUUGGCGUUCAGUGAAGGACGGUUUCGGCGAGGAAGAAGAAGACAUGACAGAAGGAGGAGACGCAGAAGAAGAUUCAGCAAGAUGAAGAAGCUUACUGCUGAGGAGGUGGAGAAAUUGUUUCCUGAAAAGACGUAUCACGAUUGGUUGAAUGGAGGAAAGGAGAGAGACGUUGCAAAGAGGGAUGGUGUUCUUAAAGAAGAAGUUGAGCUAGAGGCUGUUGAGGCGUUGGAUAAGUCUGUAGAAGAGACAUCUGUCAGUUCAAUGCAUACUGCCCAAGAACAACAUCCGGAUGGUAUCGAGUUGACAAAAGUAGCUACAAACGGUGACAUCACGACUGAGGAUCCAAAAACUUGUUGCAGAACCGAAGCAUCGCUGCACAUUGACCCACAAUUUGAUUCAGGCUCUUGUGCAAUUUGCAUCGAAGAGCUUGAAGAUGAUGAUCUUGUACGUGGGUUGAUUUGCGGUCAUGUUUUCCAUGCGGCCUGUUUGGAUCCUUGGCUAACUACACGUCGGGCAUGUUGUCCAUUGUGCAAACGUGAUUAUUUGUUCAAGAGGGAUUACCAGCCAGAAAAUGAGACACAUGAGCCAGCAAGUGGGGAGAGUGGAGGAAGAAACGAUAAUACUAACGCGGGCACUGAUUUGGCGACUGUGGAAAAUGGUAGAACAGAGAGUGAUGACGAUGAUGAUGAUGAUGAUGGUAUUGAGAGUCUUGACUUUGAAGAAAUUCAACGCGAUCCCACUCUCCAAGCUUUUCUUCAAGACUUGAUUCCUACUUCUGAGAGGGCUAGACUUGUCUUGCUCGAUCCUCAGUAUGCAGGCAUAAGUCUUGAAGAACGGGCUAAGCAAAUGGCAAAGAAGAAAUACGGAAGGUUUUUCAAGGUUAUCGUUUGGAAGGUUUUGGGUAUAAAGAGACUGGAUCUUUUCUACUGGGCGGUGUUGACAAUAGCUAGUGAGCAUCGGCGUGCUCGACAAUUGGAGGAACUACAGCUGUCAGGGCUGGCAAAUGUUGGAACAACCACUGCGGACGGAAGGUUGAAUCAAAACAAUCAAGUUGCAAAUGAUCAGCAUCAACUAGCUGAAGACACUUCUUCUACGUCAAAUCAUGCAUAUGCUACUGCUGGUCAAACUGAGAUUGACGUUGCUGAAGCAACCAGAAGGAGAGAAGUGGUGGAUAAUCGUGUGUAG